AUGUCUAGGGCAACGGGCAACAACAACGCCGUUGUAGAGGGCGGUGCGCCUGCGCCGAAUAAGGAGGAGAACCUUCCAGUUCUCGCACGUAUGAUCAACCACCUUCUUACGCCGGGCUCUUCCCUGUCGCCGAUCGUGUGGAUCAGCUUUAAUCUAAUUAUGCUGGCCCUCUUCGGGGUCUGGGUCAUGUUUGUAUUCGCGAUGCAUGAUAACAUUCAUGUCUGGGCCUUUGGCUUCCUAUGGCUGGGCCUGACCGCCUCCACGAACUGGCUCAUGAAGAUCAUCUUCAGCUCUGGCUUGGACUUUGCCUCGCAGCAGCAGCGUGAGGCAGUGGAGAGGGAGAGCAAAGACAAAAAGAAUGAUUAG